CUACUGGAAGCGCCACCAACAGAACCACCACGAUGAUAGAAGAGGUGUUCAAGCCGUCUCUCCAUGUGUCUCCUGUCUUUAAGUCUGUAGGGCUUGACCCACACGCCUUCUACUCUCCCUCAGCUGUGCACAACGCGGCUCUUUCCUACAUCUCCCUCCACUCCCUCUCCGAGCCCUCCGACCCAUCUAUAGUCGUCCUUGAUGCAACGCUCUGCGACGCACUGUACAAAGGCGCGAUAAAAAAGGGUGCGACAUACCCAGCACAGUGUCUCAAGAGAGACAUAGGCCCCAUGUUACUGCAGCAAAUGCAGGCACAACACAGGGUGGAGAGGGGGGGGAGGAGCGUGGAGCGGAAGGGGGAGCUGGAGCCUGUGGAGAUAUUUGUGAGGGGGCGACAGGGCAGCAGGAGAGUGACACGGGUGACAGGCGUGGAGGCUUAUCUGGUGGAGGCUGAACCACUUGCUGCUGAGCUGCAGAAGAAGUUUGCCUCAAGCGCGUCUGUGGCUCAAGUGCCAGGUGGGUUCAACUGCAACUGGUGCCAGGGCUAUACCGACCCUACGAGGUCCCGAACCUACCAGGUCUGGCUGCAGGUUCAUGCAUUGUCUUUCGUUUAG